CCGUAGAAAAAUACAGCUCUGCUGUGUGUACAUACUGGUCGUCCGUUAGCCUGCUAGCCGUCUUGAGGGUGUUUAUCAUCAUGGAAAAAUGCUCAGCAAAGAGUGAUAUUUUGUACGUCGAUAAAAGAGGAUAUGACGGCGAUGUGGCUAAAUAAUGGGAAACCUUCUCGGAAGAAAUACGCAACCUUCUCGUGUAACGGAACAAGACAAAGCCGUUUUGCAAUUGAAGCAGCAGAGAGAUAAGCUCAAGCAGUACCAAAAGAAAAUCACCUUUCAGCUGGAGAAAGAGCGAUGUCUUACAAAGCUGUUGCUGAAAGAUGGCAGGAAAGAGAAAGCACUGCUGCUGCUUAAGAAAAGAAGAUAUCAGGAUCAGCUGCUAGAUAAGACUGAAAAUCAAAUUUCAAACCUUGAGCGCAUGAUUCAAGAUAUUGAAUUCAUGCAAAUUGAGAUGACAGUCAUCGAAGGACUCAAGGUUGGGAAUGAUUGCCUGAAGAGUAUGCACAAGAUCAUGUCAAUAGAAGACGUGGAGAGAAUCUUGGAUGAGACCCAGGAAUCAAUUGAAUAUCAAAGGCAAAUAGAUGAAAUGCUGGCUGGAGCACUGACACAAGAGGACGAGGACGCUGUUUUAGCAGAACUGCACGCUAUCACUCAGGGAGAAGAUAUAGCAUUUCCAGAAGUCCCAACUGAGCCAAUACCAGAAGUCCCAGAGGCAGCUAGAGCUCAACCAGAAAGGAGAGGAGCGAAGAACAAGCCAGACAGAGAGAUGCUGGCAGCCUGACUGAAUCAGUGGUCUUUGUUCAGUGUUUUACUCUGUUUAAAUGGAGGAGUUUGUGUUUGCGUGCACAUUCUGCUAAUUUCGGUAUUUAAUCUAGGGCUCCAACAAGUGUUCUUUUUUUUCUAUAAUUAAAACCCUUCUUAAAUUUGAAUAUUGUCUGGUUUCUUUGCUCCAUAUAACAAAAAAACUCGGACAAAAAAGACCAACCAGGGUUGGUGAAAAACGUAACAUUUUCUGACAUGAAAAUAAUUGUCAUAGUUUCAGCCCUAAUUUCAUUGGUACCCAGUGGUGGGACCUGCAGACAUCUGUAUGACUACUUAUUUUUACAGCACUGUAUUUGGCAAUGAACAUUAAACAUUAAAAAUAG